AUGGGUUCCACAGCGGACAAUGUGACCAAGGGCAGCUGCAUUUGCGGUGCCCUCAGGUACGAAUAUACCGGCGAUCCCGCCAUGACGGCUCUCUGCCACUGCCUCUCCUGCCGCAAAAUCGGCGCCGGCUCCACCACCUUUACUCUUGCCAUCCCCUCCCCCAACUUCCACUUUACAUCUCCUUCCUCCUCCUCCUCCUCCUCCCCCGGAUCCACCCACAAAAACUUCACUGUCACCCACGAAAGCGGGAUCCGCCUGAAAACACAUUUCUGCGGCGAAUGCGGCACCUUCGUCGCCAAGGAGGGUGCGGGUGAGAACGAGUUUCCGGGCUUGAUGAUCGUGAAUGCGGGCACGGUGGACGGGGAGGGUGUGUUUGAGAAGCUAGCACCACCGCAGGCGGAGUUGUGGGUUAAGCACCGGGUGGGCUGGGAGGGGGAGCGGCAUGGCCUGAUGCAGUGUGCGGGCUUUCCGGACGGGUUGUGA